AUGUUCAAGGUCACCAGGGCCCUUUCGAUGCAGCCCACACGCAUGAUGGCCAUGCAGCCGACGCGCAUGAUGGCUAUGCGCCAGAGCCCGCAACUCUUCAUGAGGCAGACCAUGGCGCUGCGCAAGCCGAUGCCCAAGGAGGAGCACGGCGCCCACACUGUAUCGCAGCGUAUCCGCCAGCUCAAGAACAUCCCCACUGAAAUCUGGCCUCUGAUUGUUGUUCUCGGCAUCGCCGUUGGCAUGGCCAUCUUCUCCAUCUUCCGAAAACUCUGGGUCGACAAGACGCUCCGCCUCAAGAGGCAGGGCAAGCAGGAGUAG